CUGCCCAGCAUGGGGCGAACCUCGAUGCACUCCUCCAGGACCUACGCGACAAUCCGAUAGACGCUCGAGACAAACGACAAGAGAAAUUCAUGUCAGAUGUCUUAGAAUAUCUCAUGGGACUACCCAAGUCAUCGGACUCAGCCACCCAUUGGUUCUGUGUGCAUGCAAAGCCGGUCACCCGCGAAGCCGCCACGUUUCUGAUACGCCUGUUCGCGUUCGAUGGGCGUCAAGCCAACGAAUGGAAGGAGAGGCUGAAGGAUUGUCUUACUAGUUGUGCAUUGUGCGUGAAAUGCUUCCAAGAAGUCAAGUUCACCUCCCGGCGUACAUACUUCGGAGUGUUCUCAGACAACAUAUUGGCAACCUUCUGGAGUGCGUUUGACAAAUGGGAACGUCAGCUUGUGAAGGAACAACUAUCGAAAGCGACCUCGUCUUCUGCGAAGCGCUGUACUCUGGAAGAUUUACCUACCCCUUUAAUCACUCAUCUCCUGUCGAACACGGCCAUGCUAUUGGAACCGGAUCUACUUGACUUUGUUUGCACCUCCAUCCCUUCGGGAAACCUGGACGAACUACCGAUGGAUCCACCUCCAGUAUGUGUGUGGUAUCUCGCAUUGCACGAAGACGAUCGAGUUAGACAAUGGUCCAAGGAACAAAUGAUGUUAUGUAAACGUGUACCGAUCUCUGCCGAGACGUUCGAGGUUGCAUACCAUAGGUCAUCCCUGAUGGACGAUGCCAUAGCCGCUAUCUCUGGCAAAGGGAGAAAAAACUCUGUCAAAUUUCCAUUCGCUGUUGAAGCGGGGCCUCUGUGGUCGGCAUUCGUGGGCCUCAUCCGGCUCUUGCCCCCGGAACUCUUGAAGCCUAGGGACAAAUCCCGUGCGGAUGUCAGUCAGAUCAUACUCGGACAUCUGCAUGACCAGGGGAGCCAUUUUCAGGACGUUCUCAAGUGUUUCCUAUACCUGCUACAACGCCUUGGCAGCGAACUGUGGAAGGGCGAGAAGACUGAAUAUCCUCAAGUAAUCUUUGACGCUAUCAAGGAUAAUCAUCGCUAUGUGGAUCUCGUCGCGUCCACGAGACCUGGUAUCGAGAAGCCCUGGCAUCUGGGAUGGUACACGGAGUUCCUCCAGAGUCUCUGGAAGCAUGCCCAAUUUCCGGAGAUACUAGCGCGGAUGACGGGGUUCGUCUGCGAAGAGCUUCAGCACGAACGAUUCGAAGACGUUCGGCCCAUAAUCAUGCUUAACGCUGUGAGGACCUUGAGAUGGGCUUUGCUGAAGGAUGAAGGCGACGAGGACAAGAAGACACACCAAGCGGCUGUGCUAAAUGCCCUGGACAUCCACGCCGACAUCCUCGUGACCGUGGCCUUCGGUAAACCGUAUAGAGAUGCAAAGUGGGCCUCCGCACGGAAUACGAUCAGGGACUUCAUCAAGAUUGUCUUAAUCAUGGACCAGCAACAUGUUUCUGCGUCAAUCACCCAAUUAUGCCGAAUUUUGGCUCGUCACGACACCGCGGUCGUCGUCCCGUCUGUCAGGACCCAGAUGUGGCAGAAGAUGUACCGCGCUGUACAAGGCGAUGAUUCCGAUGCGGUGGCUACGCUCGUCGCCAUAUUAGCGCGCUCCGCCCAUAUGGGCUUCUUGCACGAAAGCGCCUUUAAAGCGGCUUUGGAAGGAAGUCCCGCACGAGAUGCCUUCACGAAGGUGAACCAAGCGUUUCAGCUCUUCCGCAACGGUUUUGUCGAUACCAUCUCGAGGUACACGAACUACAGUAACGAGCCGAAGAUCCUCGACAUGCUUCAGCGUCCGGGGCUCGUCAAAGACAUCGUAAUGUUGAUGUUCUCUCCGAGCGAGGAGAUGCAUUCCGGGGCACAGAAUCUUGUAGAACAGGCUUUCAACGUUGACGGUCGCGCUGACUGCUUCCGCGCCCUUCUUGAAAACCUUCCUCACGCUACGCUCAGCGCCAUCUUUGAUGUCUUGGAGACUUUUGUUCAAUAUGCUCCUAUAGUGCCAGAGGCAUGCAGCUUUUCCAAAGUCCUUGUCCUAUGCCUUACGGACAUUCUUGAGGUCCUCUGUUCCACCCCUGAUGGACUUCUUCGUCAUCCUCGGUUUCUCAAACCUGAAGAAGGUUCUGAUUUGGCCGCAGAGAUACGCAAGCUCUGGACUUGGACGACCAAAGCCAUCGCCCUCGUAUUCAAGCGUACGCCGGCGUGGUCAGCGUACUUCGAUAGCGAGGAGAUGAUCCUAUGGAUGCGCGAUGCAUUGAUAUUCGGGCGUGACCUGCUGUCGCAACGAAGGUUUCUUACCUCUGUAGUGGCAACCGGACCCCAGCAGCCUCGCUCUGGGAAUGCAGGUUCGACGAAGAAGGCCAAGCAAUUGUCUUUGUCGAUGAUCAACGAUCUUCAAGUGGUCCUGCCGGAGCUUGUCCGUUGGCUGCGGCUAACGAACGAAGAGCUUCUCUACCAGUCAUUCGCCCUUGUUCAAUCCCUAUUGGAAUGUUUUCACGAAGCGGGUGUUUCUCCUCCACAUGAGUUGAUGGGCAAGCUCCGGAGACACGUUGAAGAUGGUCGGAACAAGCAGCAAAAGCAGACGAGACUGGACGCCUCCCGGAUAGACAAGCUGGAGCAGUGCCUUGCGGCGUUUGAAGAUAGCGAUGACGACGUAGAGAUCGUCGAGGUCAAACAAGCCCCGCCAACGCAAGUCAAACUGGAAAAGAACCGGGAGCGGGUUCCAUCCGCCGCUCCCAAGCCCUCGGUGACGUCUCGGAAAGCUUUGGAGCAGAAACAAGACGUUUCUGCGGGACAGGGAACUUCUUCCAGACUGCCCCCUGUUUGGGAUCGCAAGGCAGGAAACCAGUUGACUGUCCUACCUCGUGCACCACCCGGAACGUCCAAGAUUGCUAGCAGCGCGCCAGCCAAAUCAAGCACGACUACCAUUGCAUCGGGGGGCGAUUCCUCCUCAUCCAGCAGCGAAGAUGAGGAAAGUGAGGGCGAUGAACGCGGCCUCAAGGGCUUGGCUGCGUUGGCAAAUCUUCAGUCUACGCCCAAGAUCAAGAAACCGGAACGGCGCCAAGUCAAGUUGCUUGACAUACCGACGGGCAAGAAUCCUAUGCAGGAGCGCUUGAACAAACGCGACGAUAUCCGUCGCAACGGCCUUCGUUUAAAACCUGACAUAUCUGGGCUUCACCGUGCAGUCCUUUCUUGGGAUUAUGAUCACAAUGGAAACGAGCCGCCUUUCAAAGAGCCGCCGAAGUUACUCCGGGUUCCCGACUCCUUCCGCGAUCACGACCAGUAUCGCAGCGUCUUUGAACCGCUACUACUGUUAGAAUGCUGGGCCCAGAUUGUUCAGUCGAAAGACGAGCCUGCGGAAACGUACGAAUGCCAAUUGAUCUCCAGGCAGUUCGUGGACGACUGGAUGGACGUCGACAUCACAAUCGGCGAAUCUGUUCGCAAAGAUUGGAGCUUGGGCGAAACAGAUAUUGUGCUCCUGAGGCAGCCCGAAAGCAAAAGGGCUAUGCUGGCCAAGGUGCAGACUUAUAGAGCGUCUCCCCGGGGUAUUCAAGCAACUCUCAGAUGCUCAAACAGAGCAGGUGGCGACUCUAGCUUGCAACUAAACACCACUUGGCGUGUCCGGAAAGUCUUCAGCCUGAGUACGUUGCACCGCGAGUAUGCCUCAUUAAUGGCCUUGCCCUACUACGAUUUCUUCCACCACAUUAUGCGGCCUCGGCUGGGAGGGAAGCCCCGUUUGCAAGACGACGAAGUAAAAUCUGCCAUGAAGGCGUACGGGCUCAACGAACCUCAAGCCAAAGCAGUUCUCAGCUCCCUACGAGCAGAGUCGUUCUCUCUUAUCCAAGGGCCGCCGGGUACAGGCAAGACUUCUACCAUAUGUGGAUUGGUACAGGCGUACUUGGCUAGCCGACGCAAGCCUGCAACAAACAUACAAGCAGGUCGAGCGACGGCUGCCUCGGAUACUGCACCGGUCAAGAAAGUGCUCGUAUGUGCGCCAAGCAAUGCAGCUAUCGAUGAAGUUGCCUCCCGCUUAAAGGAAGGUCUCUCUGGUUCCGGUAAACGUGGAAUACAACCUAAGGUAGUCCGCGUUGGUGCGGACAAAGCCCUGAACAUUAGCGUCAAGGAUAUCGCUCUGGACGCUCUAGUGGAACAGAAGAUGAACGCUGCGCCGAAUGCGAAGGAGCUUAACAAAGACUCCAACGCGGAGAUUAUAGCUUUGCGCCAAGAGAUAGAGGCUGUGAAGCAGCAACGAGCUCAGAAAUUCGAGGAGAUCACCAACACGCAUGACAAUGCAGUGAAGACGCAAUCCCUUGAGGAAGAAGCGCGGAGUCUCAAUGCGAAGAGGAUGGCUUUAUCGCAGCGCCUCGACAAGCUGCGAGACCAGCAGAAGUCCGCAUCCCGUUCUCUUGACGCUGCGCGCCGCAAAUAUCGCACAGAGGUUUUGCAAGAAGCAGACGUAAUCUGCAGCACAUUGUCCGGCGCCGGUCACGAUGUUCUCGAGGCCCUCGAAAUUGACCUGGUCAUCAUUGAUGAGGCCGCCCAAGCUAUAGAACUCAGCACGCUGAUACCCUUGAAGUAUCCAUGCAAACGAUGCGUCAUGGUGGGAGACCCGCAACAACUGCCGCCAACAGUUUUGUCCCAAGAAGCGUGCAAAUAUCAAUACAACCAAUCGUUGUUCGUCAGACUUCUGAAGGACCAACCGGAGGCCAUCCAUCUACUGAGCAUACAGUAUCGCAUGCAUCCGGAAAUUAGUCGUCUACCUAGCCAAAUCUUCUACGAUGGACGGCUUCAAGAUGGUCCUGAUAUGGCCGAAAAGACGAAGCAACCAUGGCACAGGCAUGCAAAAUUCGGACCAUAUCGGUUCUUCAACGUCAACCGAGGGCAGGAAGAACCAGGCCGUGCCAAAUCUCUGAUGAACAAGGCUGAAUGUCAAGUCGCCGUGGCCCUUUACACUCGCCUACGACGAGAGUUCUCCUCCAUAGAUCUCGAUUUUCGAGUUGGCGUAGUCUCCAUGUACCGAGCGCAGAUCUUCGAGAUGCGUCGAGCGUUUGAACAGCGCUUCGGAGCCGAGAUUGUCGGCAAGGUUGAUUUCAACACAGUCGAUGGAUUCCAAGGCCAGGAGAAGGAUGUUAUCAUCUUGUCCUGCGUACGUGCGGGCGCUAAUCUUCAUUCAGUCGGCUUCUUGUCUGAUACUCGCCGCAUGAACGUGGCCCUUACGCGAGCGCGUUCGUCUCUUUUCGUUCUCGGCCAUUCUCCGACCCUUGAGAACGGUGAUAAGACAUGGUCAAAGAUUGUGAACGACGCUCGUUCGCGAUCAUGUCACAUCGAUGUGGAUGUAAACUAUUUUACAACCCCUGGCCAUUCAACUCUGCCGUCGCCGAUACCAUCAGUCAAGAAUCCAGUGCGAUCCGUUGCGCAACGGCAAGAUCCUGCGGUGGAGGGAUUGAUGACGCCGAAGGAACUUGCCUCUGGGCCUUCCAAGGCGCCUGUUCUGAAGCGCGAGUCUGCGUCUGACCUCAUAGGCAAUCAGGUGGAUGGGGCGAAGAAAUCCAAGCAUGUAGUGCCGGAAAAGCGCCGGGCUCCGGUUGAAGCCGAACACGAACACUCGGCAGACGAAUCUGCCGCGUCGCGAAAACCAUCUGUGCAAAACGCGAAACCCAAGGGUCCUCCUCCGAAACGUCAAAAGCAAGGCCCGAACCUUUUCAUACCAAAGACCAAUAAGCGACCUGGCCAUUAGAUAUAUCUUUGCAACAGUACCUAGCAUCAAAUUACCGGAAACAUGGAAGCCUAAUCACACCCAUUCUAACUUAACAGCACGUAGUAUCGACAUAGAUGUAUCCCUAGGAUUUUUGUAUUUUUUCGGCCUUGAUAGGUGGUAAUUCCCAGGAGUCCGGACCAAAAUGAGGUAUGACCAUCAUUGUGCCGUCACCUCUCUUGAAGGGCUUGGAGUACGUGCAUAGUGAAGGUCCGGCAAUACUCGAGAGCCACGCCGGAUUGAUGAUUGUCAGACCUAUAUAGUGUUGAUCAACGUGCUAUUCAAGUGCAACGCUUCCCAAGAGUGCAUCACCUUUCAUCCACACUCUGCUCGUCCGGACCACCUCCUGGUACACGAUGAAGUCCGAAGGCGCUCUGCUGGCGAGGACAGAGGAGGGAU